GGCGGGCGCGCGGGCAGCUCGCGGGCACCCGGCCGGCGGGCGCGGGAGCUGGAAAGGGUGCGCUAUGCCUUUAACGCCCGCGUACAGUAGACAUGUAUAGUGGAGUGUAGGGAAACUCUAGGCGGGGUUAAAGUUCAGCUCAUGGAGCGGCAAUAGCGCUGGCUGGCUGCAGUUGAGCCGAGUUGGAAAUGUGAACGCAAGAAGCAGGCUUGAUUUUUUUUUCUCCCCCCUUCUCUCUCUCUCCUCCUCUCUCCCUCUUUCUCCUUUCUCACCCGCACUCACGCACACCUCCAAACCGCACACCCAGACGCACACGCACACCCCACCGCCGGGCAGUGAUGUAUUCUCCGCUCUGUCUCACCCAGGAUGAAUUUCAUCCUUUCAUCGAAGCACUUCUGCCCCACGUCCGAGCCUUCGCCUACACAUGGUUCAACCUGCAGGCCCGAAAACGAAAAUACUUCAAAAAACAUGAAAAGCGUAUGUCAAAAGAAGAAGAGAGAGCCGUGAAGGAUGAGUUGCUAAGUGAAAAACCAGAGGUCAAGCAGAAGUGGGCAUCUCGACUUCUGGCCAAGUUGCGGAAAGAUAUCCGACCUGAGUACCGAGAGGAUUUUGUUCUUACAGUCACAGGGAAAAAGCCUCCGUGUUGUGUUCUUUCCAACCCAGACCAGAAAGGCAAGAUGCGAAGAAUUGACUGCCUCCGCCAGGCAGAUAAAGUCUGGAGGUUGGACCUUGUUAUGGUGAUUUUAUUUAAAGGUAUUCCGCUUGAAAGUACUGAUGGCGAGCGCCUUGUAAAGUCCCCGCAGUGCUCUAAUCCAGGGCUCUGUGUCCAGCCCCAUCACAUAGGGGUUUCUGUUAAGGAACUCGAUUUAUAUUUGGCAUACUUUGUGCAUGCAGCAGAUUCAAGUCAAUCUGAAAGUCCCAGCCAGCCAAGUGACGCUGACAUUAAGGACCAGCCAGAAAAUGGACAUUUGGGCUUCCAGGACAGUUUUGUCACAUCAGGGGUUUUUAGUGUGACUGAGCUAGUAAGAGUGUCACAGACACCAAUAGCUGCAGGAACUGGCCCAAAUUUUUCUCUCUCAGAUUUAGAAAGUUCUUCAUACUACAGCAUGAGUCCGGGAGCAAUGAGGAGGUCGUUACCCAGCACAUCCUCUACCAGCUCCACAAAGCGCCUCAAGUCUGUGGAGGAUGAAAUGGACAGUCCUGGUGAAGAGCCAUUUUACACAGGCCAAGGGCGCUCCCCGGGGAGCGGAAGUCAGUCCAGCGGGUGGCAUGAAGUGGAGCCAGGAAUGCCAUCUCCAACCACACUGAAGAAGUCGGAGAAGUCUGGUUUCAGCAGCCCCUCCCCUUCGCAGACCUCCUCCCUGGGAACGGCAUUCACACAGCAUCACCGACCUGUCAUUACAGGACCCAGAGCAAGUCCACAUGCGACACCAUCAACUCUUCAUUUUCCAACAUCACCCAUCAUCCAGCAGCCUGGGCCUUACUUCUCCCACCCAGCCAUCCGCUAUCACCCUCAGGAGACGCUGAAAGAGUUUGUCCAACUUGUCUGCCCUGAUGCUGGUCAGCAGGCUGGACAGGUGGGGUUCCUCAAUCCCAACGGGAGUAGCCAAGGCAAAGUGCACAACCCAUUCCUCCCCACCCCCAUGUUGCCACCACCGCCGCCACCACCGAUGGCCAGGCCUGUGCCUCUGCCGGUGCCAGACACAAAGCCUCCGACCACGUCAGCGGAAGGAGGCGCAGCGUCCCCCACCUCACCAACCUACUCGACACCCAGCACCUCCCCCGCAAACCGAUUCGUCAGUGUUGGACCACGGGAUCCAAGCUUUGUAAAUAUCCCUCAACAGACACAGUCCUGGUACCUGGGAUAAAAGUCACAGCGUCCCACCAUCCACCAGACAGACCACCUGACCCCUUCUCAACUCUGUAACAUGGACGCAUCCUCAACCCAGCGCAGUUACAACUUCACUGUCACUGGAAGGGGAGAAUCAAAUCAACUUGUACAUGGAAACAGCGAGCAUUAUGGUCCAACAGCAAAGGCCAUAACCUUUUGGGAUUUUUUUUUUUAAUACUUUAGGGACUGUUGUAAUUUUCUCAUAUGGUGCUGGAAAUGGUUGGGCUUUGUAACAUUUGAAGUGUUUUCCGUGGUAGCGUGAGCAUUAGGCAGUGUGGCUGGAGAAGGUCUACCCUUGCUCACUGACUUCCCGUUGUGACACACUUUCUUUACGGAGCCCGGCUGUUUCACAGUAUUUCAUGAAUUUACCCACACAGGUGUGAGCCUCCUUGAGCAGUCAGGAGACACAUGGAGAACUAAGUCUUUUGUAGUAGCUGAGAUCUGCAAUAUCUAACUUACGGGACAGUCAAAGGGCAAUGUUUUUCUGUAACAUAUUGGAAAAAGAAAAUGCAGUUAUGUUCCUUUUUUAUUUUUUCUUUUAGUUUGGUUUGGUUCAGCAGUCAGCAGUAAACUAGAUAACAUGGCCCGGAAGGACAGUGAAUCCACUCACGUUGCAGAAUAAUUCCGAAAAUGGCAAACUACUACUACUACUAUUCAGUUUUUUAAAAGUUUUGAAAUGCUGCACUUACAUUUAAAAAAAAAAAACAUUUUUUCAACAAUUUCAACAAUGACACACAAAUUCACAUGGAAAUGGGGAAGAUGGUCUGUUUUGACAGAAACUGACAGGAAUCAAUCAAAACAAUCGAAUUUUGAAUUGAGUAAAGUGCAAUUUCAUUGGAUAGCUAAAUAUCUUUGUAAGAUAGAGAUUGUUGAAAAUUCUAUUUUUGUUUUUCAAGUCCUUCCACCCCAGGACUCUAAAUUAUUGGGGUAAAAAACAGCCUUGCAAGAAAAAGGGGAGCUAUUUUUGCUUUUUAUGUUUUUUAUUGUUAAACUUGUAUCCCUUUAAAAACUGAAGGAAAAUUUAAAAAAAAAAACAAAAAAACAAAUCUAAUGGUGCUUUUACCACAAUAUGUUAACUACAUUAAAUGCUAAUUAAUUAUUUUCUGUUAUCAAAGCACAUAACUAAAAUGAAAUCAUGGUAUCUGUUAAUUUUAUAAGCUAGAAGUCACUAUAAUGGAUUAUACCAAUUCUGAAAGUUUUUACAUGUAUCAGGCAACAUAGGAUUUAUCAGUUAUCAGACACUUCAUUGUUCCAGAGAUUGUCCAGAAAUUUUAAAGACCUUUGCGCCCCUGAACUGGGCUAUGGGAAAAUAAUAUUAAUAAUAAUAAUGAAACCAAUACUGACACAAAUGCUGGUGCCCAUUCAGAUCAAGGGUACUUGUUAGGGAAAAAAAAAAGUUUGCACCCCCAAAUGUCCUGUAUCUUAUGUAAAAAAAAAAAAACCACAAAAAACAAACAAAAAAAGAACAAAAAAAAGUGCAAGUGAUUUUUCUACCAGACAGCGAAGCACCCCUUUGCUUCCCAUGCAACUUCAAGAAGGUUUCCUAUACUAUACAUAUAUAUACGUUCUGGUUGGCAAGCCCUGCUGAUCAGAGAAAGUCUCUGCAUGUUCUAGUGUUAGUAACUAAUUUUUAUAUAGCUAAUGUAGGAUAAAGUAGAGUGCAUUAAGACACAAUAUUGUAAUCCCUACUCUAGGCACUUGCCUUUAAACUAUGUUUUUCAGCCCUUCAGAAGGGUUCUACUACUGUCCUAUACAAUCAAGUAACUGAAAUUCUUGGGAAGACACUUUGCUCCUCAUCUUUCCCCCCCGAAACGAUGUUGUUUUGUUUUGUUUUUUUUCCUUAAUUUGCACGAAAACAAAAAUUCCAUAUCAAUGUGCCUUGCCCUGGAUAGCGAUUAUUUGUGGAAUUGUUGCACAUGCUCCUCUAUUGAAAGGGGUUUUUCCCUAGUCAAGCAUUUGGAGACACUUUUUGUAAAUGUGACUUUUAUGUCAGCCAUUGUCAGUUUCAACAUCUAGAACUAAAUAGAGAGUUAGUUGUUCCGCAGAUAGGAGUAGUCUUUAUUGUCCUCUGUGGUCAGUGGCAGUGCUAUUCUGAGAUCUGUAGAUGCUUAGAAUAUCAGUAUUUUGGAUGUUGCUGCAUUUUACAAUUUAUUUGGAGUCUUCCUUUAUUCCCCUCCCCGCCCCCAGAUAUAUGAAAAUAUGCAAUACCUGCUUAUAUCGUGUAGAAAAGCUUAGCUAUGAUUAAUUUUUCUUUUAUUUUUUUUAUUUGACCAAAGUCGGUGCUGCACUUGACGCAGUGUGUUUUAGGUGUCUGUCUUUGUACUUUAUUUGUGAUUUUUGAAUGCACGUGCGCAGGAAGGGCUCCUCUUAGAGAAGCAGUCAAACUGUGAAGCACUAAGCUGACCCUGCUUCAAGCAAUUUUGUUUUUACAACUGUUCCUUUCACAAGCAAGCCUUAAAAAAAAAAAAAAGACAACUUCCCUUUUCUUCAGCUCCCACACCCCAUUUUUCUUAGCAGACUGCAGUCAAUCCACAUUCAAUACAAAGUAUAUAAUGCCCAUUUUUAUAUGCACGUUUUUAAACUUCCAAGUUCUGAAAAUUGUUUACUGGUUAUCUCUAUUUAAGGAAAAAAAAAUAAAAUAAAACAUUUUGGAUUUUCAUAUGUGUCUGAUAAGUGGUUGAAUAGUCGUUUGGCGCUGUUGUAUGGUGUGAUUGUCAGUAUAUGGUGUCACUUCCUCUAGCCAGCCAGCAUACUUUGCCUUCCCCUAUAGCACUUAGCUGGGCAUUACUUUAUUAUGACAUAUGUGCACUAAAAAAAGAAAAAAGAAAAAAAAAAAGAAAAAAAAUAGCAGCUUUCAGUGCUUCACAGUGAAGGGAAAAAAGCCUAGACAAACAUUUUGUCAGAACCUUGCGAUAAGCCAAGGUAUUACCAGUAAAUUGGUUGUAUAUACAAUAAAAUUGCACCCUUUUUUUAAAACAAAACAAACUAAGCAAUAGUUUGGGCAGUUUUAGUUGUUUUUAGUGAGCAUGUUGUAGUCAUGACUGCAAAGAGAGAGAUUAACUGCCCACUCAGAAGAUAUGUAAUUUGUAUUGUUGUAUAGUUUUAUUGAUUACACUGAUUUAUUCUACCCUAUUUUAUAAUGCAGGACUUUUGUAAUGUUGUUUAAAUGAGGAAAAAUUUCUGUCAAAUUAGCCUAGUGAAAUUUCUGAUUGUUCAUUAUAAAGGCAGCGUUCAUAGAAUGGCUUUUCUUUCUUUCCUGCCCCCCCUCCCUUUGGGAACUGGAUUUAAGUUUAAAACUUUCCUGUUUCCUUUUUUUUUUUUUGUAAGUAUUUAAAUACAGUUAUUUUUUCUCUCUCUCAAUGGUAUAGCAUAUUCCUAUGCUUGAGAAGUAUAGGUCUACUGAAAAACCAUUGUAAAUGGACGUUACAGGUAUGCUGUAUUUUUGAAGGUAUUUUGUUGUAUUAAGUUUGAUGAAGCUAAAAUUAGGGAACUCUGAACAGAUUUGCAGGAAAAAAAUGUUUUAAAGGCUUUAAAACAUUAGGGAGGCAGUCUAGGGUGAUAACGAACAGGGGUUAAGUAUUAAACACACUAAGUUAUAUUUUUGUUCAUGUUUCAUUGUCCAGAAAGCAGCAGGAAACUGUAGUUCAGUUGUGAUCAAGCAGGAAAAAAGAAACACCAACAAUAUGAGUGUUUAACCUUUUUAGACUCAAAGUCAAGCGAAGAUUUUUGAGGAAGACUUUGCUACCUGGGGUGUGUAGACUGACAGACUGAGGGCCAUCCGUGUUUGGAGGCCCAGCCCUUGAUUCUGAGACCCAUUUGAAUUUUUUCUCUCCCGUCAAAUGGCAUUAACAAUAUUGGCAAAGAUAAGUCCCUCAAAUAACUCUCCAUUUUCUUCUUUGGGAACUGAAGUCAGAGGCACAAACAUUAAAUCAUAUCAUUUUUCUGUAUACUUUUUUUUUUUUCUGGCCCGUCCCCUUGCCACUAAAACGCUCCUUGUCUGAUUAUUCAUGGGCAGAGGACCUCUUUCCAAUGCCGCUCUAUCCAUCCCACAGUCGUUUUCUUUCCUUUGAGGUUUGAACUAACUUUUCUGUUUCUUCACACCCUGGCAUGACAGCUCCUCCCUGCCCCACAGUCAGGCGUGGGCUACGGGCAAGCCAAGGCACACUUCCCAAAGCUUAUAUUCUUCAUACUCUGACCGGUGAAGUGUAAAGGAACCCAGACUUCCCAGAGUCACAGUAUUCAGGCAGCCCAUCAGAAGAUGCAAAACCCAUCUCAAAAAGUUUGUCUUUCACUUUUCGAACCCUUAUCCUCAUAGGCUUUGAACUCUGUAGUUACAGUGUCAUAAAGUAUUUAUGAAAUCUGGAUUAAGAAAAAAAAUUUUUUCCUUGUGAUUGUUUUUUUUGGGGGGAGGGAGUUUCUAAGAAUGUCAUUUAAUGUACUUGGCAUCAUAUCUGUUUGUCCCUAGUGGUGGUGGUCUCUCUCUCUCUCUCUCUCAUUCUCUUUCUCUCUUUCUUUCUUUCUUUUUUUCCUGGUAGCAGGCCUCCAUAGAACAAAUUUAAAACACAACUGGCAUGGUAAUGUACGGAGAGCUUCAGUGGCACCUCACCACCCACGCUCCGAGAUCUGUCCUAAGACAUAAGACAGUCUCAGAAAGCUGCACUGCCCCCCAGCACAGCUUUCAUUCAAAUCAGCUUCCAAGGCCAAUCUCGUCCUGAAGUCAAUGCAUGUAUUUACUGUUUGACAGUAAACCCGCUCUGCCUUCUCCACGUCCAAGGCUGUGCAUUCGUCUAAUUAGUGUCGUGUAUGUUUUCCUUUUAUUUUUUCCAAUAAAAAAGCAGUGGGAUGAAAAUUGCUUUGAUAUAUAGCAGGUAACAUUGAAGCUAUUCCAUAGCACUUAACUGUAGUGAAUACUGUGUCACCAAUUCUGAAAUCAAUUUAAUGUUUAAUGCAAAUCCAUUACAUGGUGCUAUUACAGGCUGACAAAAUGAUUUACACAAAUGUGACAACUUGGGCUCAAUUCACUCUGCUUUCCAACAGUGUAAAUGCAUAGCAGUGUUUAUCUGCAUGAGAACUAUGCACUAAUCUAUCUGAAGAAAAACUAUAUCAACUUUGGUAUCUACUUUCCGUUUACUUCAAUCCUUGCCUUUUUGGUCAUUGUUAUAAUGCCAGCUUUAGGACAGAAAGAAUUAUAAGAAAACCAGCAUAAUACCUGAUAUAUUAAAAUGUAGUGCCUGUGAAAUCUGUAUUAUAUUGCUCUUCUGAAGUAAGAUUUUUCUACACCGGUAGCCUUCGCUGUCUGUCAGUCAGGACCUUCUGGUAUAGGUGAUGUAAAAUAACCGUACAAUAUUAAUGCAUGCUAUUCCAUAAUGCUUAGUGAACUGUAUGAAUAUUACUCAAAAUUAUGUUAGUCUUUUUUUCUGACUUGGUUCUUGUCAGCUAGGUUUAAAGGUAUUUCACUGAGAAUGCAAAUUCUGUCUUUUCUUGGUUUCGGCUGUUUUCAGUAUUUUGGAGGUAUACAUUUACUUAAUUCAGUAUUACUUGUGUUUUUGUUUUCGUUUUUGUUUUUUGUUUUCUUUUUCCUAGGGGACAAGCAUGGGUGUUUGAUUUCAGAAAUCAGUCCCUGGCAAGACUUUUGUCUCAAAACGACCAUUUGAAUUUCAAGAACUCUGCUCUGAAGACACCGAGGACAUUUCCAAAUGAGGGACAUUUUCCUUCACCCUCGACUGAAGCUUUGCUGAUCCUGAAACGUUUUCUUAAUGGACAGUGUUCAGCCAGGUACCCAUGCUUGAUCCGUCUUCACACCAGACUUCCUCAUAUUAAAAGAAAAAAAAAAAAAAACGAAAAAAAAUCUUUAUGAGAUCACGUGGCUAUUUAGUUUCAUGCACAGUUGCAAUAUUUUCUUCAAAAAUAAAACUCUGUACAAACUUUGGGCCCGAUUCAUAAGAAAAAGAAAUUGGCUAUUAACACGGGAUUUUUAAAAUACAACUAUUUUUUUUUUUCGGUCUAAAUUUGAAAUGACUUGCUUCCCAAAUGAAAUGUUUCAUCUCAUUUUUUUUUUUUCCUAA